GCGGCUCGCUGCUGCCCGGCCGUUGCCGCUCAGUCAGGCUGUGCGGGACGGGUGGGGGAGGGUCACGGAGCCGCCGCCAUCGCCAUGGCCAUGAACAAGGAUCUGCGCAGGGAGCGUGACUCGGCCUCCUUCAACCCCGAGCUCCUCACCCGCGUUCUGGAUGGGGGCGCCGAGCGGACCCGGCGCCGCAGGGAGAUCGAAGCCUUAGUUCUGAAUGAUCCAGACUUCCAGCAUGAGGAUUUGAAUUUCCUCUCCCGCAGCCAGCGCUAUGAGAUGGCCAUCAGGAAGAGCGCCCUGAUGGUGGUGAAGUUAAGAGAGUAUGGGAUUGCAGAUCCUGAUGAAAUCUACUGGUUUAAAAGCUCUAUUCAUCGUGGACGGCCUGAGCCUCUGGACCUCCACCUGGGCAUGUUCUUGCCCACCCUCCUCACCCAGGCAACCCUGGAACAGCAGGACCGCUUCUUCAUGCCUGCCUGGAAUCUGGAGAUCAUUGGCACUUAUGCACAAACCGAGAUGGGUCAUGGAACUCACCUUCGAGGCUUGGAAACCACUGCCACCUAUGACCCUGCAACCCAGGAAUUCAUCCUCAACAGCCCCACCGUGACGUCCAUUAAGUGGUGGCCAGGAGGUGUUGGAAAGACCUCAAACCAUGCCCUAGUUCUGGCUCAGCUCUAUACAGGCCAAUGCAAAGGGCUGCAUGCCUUUAUUGUACCAUACGGCAGCUGGGGCACCCAUGAGCCCUUGCCAGGUAUUACUGUGGGUGACAUUGGGCCAAAAUUGGUUAUGAUGAAAUGGAUAAUGGCUUACUUAAAAAUGGACAACUUCCGUAUUCCUCGGGAGAACAUGCUGAUGAAGUACGCCAAGGUUGAACCAGAUGGCACAUACGUGAAACCACUCAGUGACAAGCUGACUUAUGGGACCAUGGUGUUCAUCCGAUCCCUCAUUGUGGGGGAUUCUGCUCGCUCGUUGUCCAGGGCUUGUACUAUUGCCAUCCGCUACAGUUCAGUGAGACACCAGUCUGAGCUAAAGCCAGGGGAACCGGAGCCCCAGAUCUUGGACUAUCAAACCCAACAAUACAAACUCUUUCCUCUCCUGGCAACUGCAUAUGCCUUUCACUUUGUUGGAUCCUACAUGAAGACCUAUCAGCGCAUCACUGGUGACAUCAACCAGGGAGAUCUGAGCGAGCUGCCAGAGCUCCACGCGUUGACUGCAGGGCUAAAGGCAUUCACUUCAUGGACAGCCAACGCUGGCAUUGAAGAAUGUCGAAUGGCAUGUGGUGGGCAUGGCUACUCUCGUUGCAGUGGCCUUCCUGAUAUCUAUGUUAAUUUCACCCCAUCCUGCACCUACGAGGGAGAAAACACUGUCAUGAUGUUGCAGACUGCUAGGUUCCUGAUCAAAAGUUACACCCAGGUUAGUUCAGGUCACCUGGUUAGUGGCAUGGUGUCUUACCUUAAUGACCUCUCUGGGCAACACAUCCAGCCACAGCAGGUGGCUGCUAGGCCUACAACGGUGCACAUCAAUGAUCCAGCCAGCUUGAUGGAGGCAUAUAAACUGCGGGCAUCAAGACUUGUUGAAGCAGCAGCAAAGAACUUGAAAGCUGAGCUGAACCGCAGAAAGAGCCAGGAGGAUGCCUGGAACCGAACCUCUGUUGACCUGGUGCGAGCAUCUGAGGCACACUGUCACUAUGUGGUGGUGAAGCUUUUCACAGCACAGCUCUCAGAAAUUAAUGAUGCGGCUGUCCAUGCUGUGAUGAACAAUCUGUGUCUCCUGUAUGCACUCUAUGGAAUCAGUAAGCACGCAGGGGAUUUCCUGCAGGCGGGCAUUUUGACAGAUGCACAGGUUACUCAGGUGUACCAGCGUGUGAAGGAGCUUCUGGCUGCAAUCCGUCCCAAUGCUGUAGCACUAGUUGAUGCCUUUGAUUUUCAUGAUGAUCACCUUGGAUCUGUGCUUGGCCGGUAUGAUGGCAACAUCUACGAGAAUAUGUUUGAAUGGGCAAAGAAAUCCCCACUAAACAAAACAGAGGUUCAUGAGUCUUUCCACAAGCAUCUGAAACCAAUGCAAGCCAAGCUGUGAAAAUGUUUUUUAAAAACACACUAUUGUCCAGCUCUCUAAAUUGGAUGUCAUUGCUUUCGUUCAGGCACCUGAAUCAAAUCUUUGAAAUCCCAAUAACUGUAGGACAGUAAAUAAUUGUAGCCUCUCUUUCCAUUUUUAUAUAUUGACAGGGUGGGAUGGGGGAAAUUAGAGAAAUUGUAUAAGAGGGGCGUGUGUUUUUUUUUUAAAGUGCAAUUAUAAUCCUUGAGAAAUGUACCUUUUAAGCAUUGGGGAAAGUUGUACAGAUUCAUGUAAGGCUUCCAUUUGUGAAGCUGCUAACUGCAGAGGUCACUCAUCUGGAAAGCAUAGUAGGAUUUUACUACUAAGUAGUUAACUGUUCAGGCAAUAGCUGCUAAUGAACAGCUGUGUCUUGUUAAAAACACUUUUAACUCAGCAACACCCUUCUGCCAACAUGGUGCACCCCUACAAACACACGCAGCUGCUGUCUGAAUACUCCUGCAUCUUGCUGUGCACAAUGACACCUACAUGAACUAGUCAGGAUCCAAGGGUUUACACAGGGAGUUGUUGGGUCUUAAUCAAAGCUCUGUGAUAUUCUCCAUUUUAAUCCAUCUCUCUCCCAGUUUAUUACUCCUGUCUCCCUGGUCACAGCGCUGUCCAUCCAGCAGGGGUGCCUGAACCUCCUUCCCUGCAGCAGGACUUUCCAAAUGCAGUUUGGAAUUUUAUCCCCUUUUUUUCUCUGGAGCUCAGCCUCAAUCAAAUCAUCUACUGAGUUUUCUCCAUGGUAUUCCAUUCUAUCCUUUCUUCCUUCAACCUGCAAAACACCCUCUUUAUACCUCCAUAUCCAUCACUGGCACCCUCCCCUCUUUGAGGCUCUCAACUAAUGGCAGUUUUGGAGAGAACAGCCAGGAGCAAGUUAAUGGGAGUUUUGCCAUCUUUUUAAUCUUUAGCAUUUCUACAGUACUUCACAUCUGCAAAGCACUUAACAAAUACUAAUAUAUAGGUAUGCUGUCAAAAGCCAGAUUUGCUGGUGGGAAAUUGCAAACCUGACCAGUUGUGCAACUAGUGCUUGCCAGUACUUGAAAGAAAAAGUUGGCUGGAUUGGGGUCUUUUACCCCCAUUGGUCUUGCUCUGUGAUGUACUGUAUCCAAACGUGUGUUGCAUGGAAACUCUCAAUAGUCUCUCCUAGUGCAGUGGUUCUCAAACUUAUUUGAUCGGGCCCUCCUCCUUUGUGUCUGUAAUUGUUUAUGCGCCCCAGUAUAUAUACCACCAGCCAGCUCUGAAAGCAGAGCAGCGGCUGCUGGCUGGGCACCUAGCUCUGAAGGCAAUGCCAGCAGCAGCACUGAAGUAAGGGUUGCAGUGCCCCAUUGACACCCUUCUUACUUCUGUGCUGCUGCUUCAACCUCAGGGCUGACAGCCAGACCCCUGUCACCUCUAGGUGAGGGUUUGAGCAAUGGGGGGAAGGAAAGCGUGAAACCACACGGGGGAAGGAAAGUCUGAGACCACGUGGUGAGGCUCCAGCUGCCCCCUUUAUUCCUGCCUCUUGUGUGUGCACAGCCCUUCUGCAUGAGCUCCAGCCACCUGGGGCUAACAGCCAGAGCUCUUUUAAAAAACAAAACAAAAAAAACCUUGACAGAUUCCUGCAUCUCCCUUGAGAAGCCUGCCCCAUAGUUUGAGAACUGCUGUCCUAGGGGAACAUCUGUCAUCUUUUCCCCGUUAACUUCCAAUGAACUUUCUCUGAAAUGUUUUAAAAUUUUGCUACUGAAGUGAGACUUACACAAUUGCUUUCUGUAUUAACAGAUUAAAGAAUUAGCUUUUAACCAAUCCUCUGUGAAAUACCUGUCACUAAAACCAGAAAACGGUUUCUUAAGUUUGUCCUUUUACAGAAAUCUUUUUUCCAAAACAAGUGAAGAGCAGCAACUUUGAGUUUAAAGAGAUCCCUUUACGAUAAGCCAUAAUCCUGUGGUCCUGAGAUGAGACUAAACCUCUGGAGAAAGUGGGUCUCCCAGGUUUUGGCACCCUGUUGUGAAAGUCUCUAGCUUUGGACAACAUUUCCACAGAGGCAUUUUUGCACUAAUCUCUUCAACUAGAAAGGGUAACUCAGUGUAUUAAACCUGGACUGAAAUACAUAAUUUAAAAAAAAAAUCAAAACUUUUUGCUGCUGAACCUUCCAGGUCAAUUGUAUCUUCUGUGCUGUUCAGUAUAAUAAGUGUGCCCUUGCCUUCCACUUAAUUCAGUGGAACACUGUUGACAAGGAGCAUUGGAGAAUCAGCAGGGGAAGGGUUAAAGAUUGAUAAAGAGAACAUCACUAGCAGAAUAUAUGUACAGACUUAAUAAACUAUAGAAACUCAUUUUCAAACAACACAGUUGCAAAUUCUUUCAUUUUCUAACUCUUGUGCAUGUGUCUGCAUUGAUUCUUCUAACACAUUGAAGUAGAAUAAGUCUACUAAAGUGAUAAGAUUGGAGCCAAACUGGGCCUUUUUUGGUGGGGACAGGUUCUAGAGCUGCUGUUAUCAACCAGUAGUAUAAGAAAUCAGAUGACUUUAUCUUUCAGCCCAACUUUAUUACUAAACUUCCCAAAACAGUCUGUCAAAUCAGUUUAUUUUCAAUUAACUUAAUUUUUAAUGUGACCUUCUAUUUAGAUUCUCAGCGCACUCUAGAACAGUAAACACAAUAUAGCAUGGUAGUAAUGAUAGAGUAAAGGUAGCUAGAAACUACUUCAUUGAGCAGAAGCCUUUUU